UUUCUAAUAAUGUUAUGACUUUCUGCCCAAGUUUAUUCACAAAAUAUUACAACUUUAUUUUGGAAAUCUUGUAUUUAAAAAAAAAAUAAUUUAAAACAGUGUGUUCAAAAUGCCAUCGUAGGAAAGGAAGUGUGCACUGUGCAGAGCCGCUUUGCCAAAAACAAAUCGUUUUUUCAUUUAAUCAUGGUCAGCAGUGCCAUGUCGUUUUGUGCGCUCGAUGGCCGUUAGGAACGGAGGCUGAGGUAGCGGUGUGUAAUGCGUUUACAACAGGAGCAGGUUUUCAGUGCAGUCGCGUCUCCGGUGUCGAGAAACAGAGGCUGCUGUAGUAUAACUUCACAGUCGGACACAAAAGGGACGAGGUCCACUGGAAACGGAACGUGAUUGAGUAACAAAUUAGACAGUAAAAGAGGAAAAUCAUACACUGCGACUAACCAUGGAAGAUUAUGCUACGGCCUUCACAGUCACCAGAUCCUAACCCAGUCGAACACCAAGAGUAUUGGAGAUUUUUGAGGUGAUGUCAUCAAAAGACCAACUGAAGGAUUAUCUUUUGAAAGAAUUGUGUUGAUUACUUUGGUACAGUCCCAGAGACUUCCAGAGCAUAGAAGCAAUUACCUCAAUGUGACCAAACAACCAUAAAACAUAUUUUUAGCUUGCCCCUAUUUAUAAUGUCAUGAGACAACGUCUUUUAUCAGGUCAAACUUUGAAAGAGUUGUUUUAUAAGACGGGACCCAGGAAAACUUUUACAACUUUUAUCACAAGCAAAUUUAAAUAAUCUUUUUUAGAGUCACAUUGUACAGAAAUGCCUGACUUUUCUCAGCUGAAUUAUAUUGUGAUCUUUUAUUUUAUUUGCUUUUUUUUUAAUUACUUUUAUUAUUACUGAAUUUAGUUUGUCUGAUAAAUACCUGUAUUCACCAUUAAACAGCCACUGAAGCUGGUAUGGUGACAAGCCCAAAUACAAAAACAAACAACGUGACCAAACUUGUCUGUAAUAGCUUUGCACAUCUUGCAGAAAACAUUCAAAUUAGCACAUAGCAGGUCGUAGUACGUGAAGAGCAUGUAGAGUGUUGAAUGUGAUAUGAAAUGCUGUGCUUGCGAAGUUUUGACUCCAGUCACUCUCGAAGUUUGCUGCUCAGCCUUGUGGUUCAUAUGGAAGUGCGGGGAGGGACAUAGUUUAAAUUGAAUUACACUAAUGGAGCUCAUGUGAGGGCUGAGAGAGAUCAGGGGGACAGAAUAAGAGGGAGAUUUGUGAACCGGAGCUGACUCGCUGGGCUUUUGAGCUUUUUAAAUGGAAAAGGUCCAACGAAUCCCUGAAAAUGAGCCAGCUUCAUCCAAACAGCGAUUGACGCGAUGUGUACUCAGCGCAGCAUUUUUUGGAGCUCUUGGCUCCUCCUUCCUGUAUGGCUACAACCUGUCUGUGGUCAACGCCCCCUCCAAGGAUAUAAAGGCAUUCUACAACUUGACGUGGAUGACGCGCUAUGGUGAGCCAGCAACAGUGGACAUGCUCACUUUGCUCUGGUCCAUCACUGUGUCCAUAUUUGCAGUUGGAGGCCUGAUGGGGGCGCUCACUGUCCCCUUCCUCAUUAAAGUACUGGGCAGGAAAGGCACUCUGCUGGCCAAUAACGUGUUGGCAGUGAUCUCCGCUCUAUUAAUGGCACUGGGCGAGAAAGCAGGGUCGUUUGAGAUGCUCAUCAUUGGUCGCUUCAUUGUUGGCAUGGAUUCAGGAGUGUCUCUUAGUGCGUUGCCGAUGUAUCUGGGUGAAAUCUCUCCACGACAGUACCGCGGCUCCAUCGGUCAGUUCAACGCCGUCUUCAUCUGUCUCGGAGUCUUCACCGGACAGCUGUUCGGCCUUCCCGAGAUAUUCGGCCAUGUGAACAGAUGGAACUUCCUGUUUGCCUUUAUCGCAGUUCCUGCCAUUCUGCAGUUGUGCGUUUUGCCAUUUUUGCCGGAGAGUCCGCGAUUCCUGCUGAUGGAGCGCAGAGACGAAGCUCGAGCUGAAAAAGCAUUCCAGUCAUUUUUGGGGAAGAAGGACGUGAGUGCAGAAUUGGAGGAGGUGUAUGGAGAGAUUAGAGUGCAGAACACUCAGCAGUCUGUGUCUUUCUUCCGUCUGUUCCGCAAUCCUUCCAUCCGCUGGCAGCUCAUCACCGUCAUCACCAUCAUGAGCAGCUACCAGCUGUGUGGCCUCAAUGUCAUCUGGUACUACACUAACGGGAUAUUUGAAGGCGCGGGAUUUGACAAGAGCACAAUUCCUUACGUCACCCUCAGCACGGGAUUCAUCGAGACACUGGCAGCUAUCAUUUCGGGUUUGGUGAUUGAGCGUGUUGGACGGAAGCUGUUGCUGAUAUUUGGCUUCUCAGCGAUGGCCGUGUGUUACAGCCUCCUCACCGUCUUCUUGAACUUCCAGGACAGUUAUUCAUGGAUGCCAUAUAUGAGUUUCAUCUCCAUAUUGGCCCUGAUUGCUUCUUUUUGCUCUGGCCCAGGUGGUAUUCCCUUCAUUCUGACCGGGGAAUUAUUUGAGCAGACGUAUCGUCCUGCUGCAUUUCUGGUCGCUGGGAUUGUGAACUGGCUGGCAAACUUUAUUGUGGGCCUCGUUUUCCCUUUCAUACAGGAGUCGCUUCAGAACUAUGCAUUCUUGGUCUUUCUCUUUGUGUGUGUCUUCGCCGCCAUCUACAUCAUCAUUGUCCUUCCAGAGACCAAGAACAAAACGUUUACGGAGAUCAGUCAGAGUUUUGCCAAGAUCAAGCAUCCCCCAGAGUGUGGAAGUGGAGAUGGAGGAUGUUCUGGACGUCCAACCAGAAAAGACCAAUGCAUUGGGCCUGAACACUGAACCUGCUAAAUAUCCAGACAGGAAUCAUGAAGAUAAUGGUGUGGUGCAAUCCGAGAGCUUCUUCUAACCCUGCACCCUUGUCAUAUGACUGAUCACUUGUAUGG